CUUUAUUUUGAAGAUCUCAGGCUUCAAUACGCUAAUGCACUUGCACAUGCGCCGUUCGUAGUCUUGUGGAGGUGUUUUUCGCUGGUGAUGCGAAAGGCUGCUUAAACUAUGGACCAAAAGAUCCCUUAUGAUGACUACCAAUUGCCAGUGGUGUUUCUGCCUUCUUACGAGAGUCCCCCGGCAUGGAUAGCCCCUCAGGAGCGGAUCCACCACCCUGACUAUAACAAUGAGUUGACCCAGUUCUUGCCGCGCACUGUUGUGUUGAAGAAACCUCCAGGUGCACAACUGGGGUUCAACAUCCGUGGAGGCAAGGCCUCCCAGUUAGGGAUCUUCAUCUCCAAGGUGGUCCCAGAUUCAGAUGCCCACAGGGCAGGACUACAAGAGGGUGACCAGGUCCUCUCUGUCAAUGAGGUGGACUUCCAAGACAUAGAACACUCAAGGGCUGUUGAGAUUCUGAAGACUGCCAGAGAAAUUCUGAUGAGGGUGCGCUUCUUCCCCUACAAUUACCAGAGACAGAAAGAGAGGACUGUUCACUAGAGGGCAGUAGAGCACCUUGAGCGAGACCAUCUAAUCGGCGAUAAUGUAUACUUGAUGAACUCAACACAUCACCAUCUUCUUCAGACAGGCGGUCUACAGCCCCCGUACUCUAUCCUAGACUGGUCUUUGACUAACAGUACCAUUCACACAGCAUCCAGGACUACAUAACUCUCCUCAUUGCUCACUUCCUCCACAUAGGCAAAGAUGCUCUCCAUGCUGAUGCAGGCCAGAUGUUUCACUGGGUACCUACUGAGAGUGAUACACGAGGAUGCAAAUUCAGUGUUCCAUAGUAUGAGUUGACAUUGCCCCCUAUUUAUCAUCCUCAGAUAAUCUUGGUAACAUUUAAGUUAUCAUUCACUAUCAUCAAUAUGUUUAAGGUAUUGUCCAAGGUUGACAGCUUUUUAACUACAGUUCAACAGAUAAUCCCAACUGUUUGUUCUGUGUGUACAGAAGAUUUAAUGUAGAAAAUAUAUACUAAUGUUUUGAUAAUGCCUUGAUACUGUAAAUGUAUUACAUUAACAUGAAAUUUGAAUUAGUAAUGUUUUUAAUACUAAUAGUAUCAUAGCAUCAGUGUGUUUUAAUUACACUAAAUAAUUAUAUUCUAAGGUUUGUAUUACAGUAUUUAUUACUAAGGUGCUGUCUCACAGCAGUCAAUGUUUACCUGUCUGGUUAUGAGAUGAAAAAUAACAUUUAGCAAUUUGUGCCAUUGUAGUUGACCCCACACUCAACUCAACAAUUCAACACAUUAAGUGCUUUGUCUUUAUUCGAGAUGGGUGCUAUGGUGAUUGUAAAACCAGUUUUACCCUCUUCAGCUCAGAUUCACAUUCCUUUGGAACCAGUUGAGUCAUUUUCUGGUCAUGCUCUGGUAAACAUUCACAUUUGUUUUUUUUACACUGCCUUGCUUCAUCUUUCAAUAAAAUACCUUUGUGUAAAAAAAAAAAACCCCACAAAAAAAAUAAACAUUUGCCAGGUAUUAAUGUACAUGUUUUCAUGUACAUGUAAAAAUAAAAUGCAAGAAAUCUUUGCC